UGUUUUUCUAUAAAUGAUGAUCAUUUAUGAAUGAGCUCCCAAACAAACUUUCUCAAACAUCGAAAUGUUGAACAAUCGAUAUUCUAUGGUUGUGUGGUCGAAAAUGUCUUUUUCUAGGCAUAUAGUGACAGCUCUUUUCUGUGUGGCUUUACUUGAGACACCGGUAUGUGUUGCACAAGACCAACUUACUCCAACAUAUUACGACCAAACAUGUCCCUAUGUCAACCACAUCAUACGGAAAAUCCUCCUCAAAGCUUUCCUAAAUGAUACUCGGAUUACUGCUAGCCUUCUUAGGCUUCACUUCCAUGAUUGUUUUGUUCAAGGGUGUGAUGGUUCGAUUUUGUUGGACGACCCGAACACUACUGAGAAAGUAGCUCGCCCAAAUGCUAAUUCAGUUAGAGGUUUUGAGGUUAUUGAUGAUAUGAAGGCAGCUUUGGAGAACGUCUGCAGCCAAACAGUUUCCUGCGCUGAUAUUGUUGCCAUUGCAGCUGAACAAUCUGUCGUCCUGUCAGGGGGUCCUUCAUGGGCGGUUCCACUAGGAAGAAAGGAUAGCCGUUCAGCAAACCGGAGUCUUGCCAAUACAGCCUUGCCAGGUUUCAAUGAUCCGCUUGACCUAAUCAAAGCCAAGUUUGCUGCCGUUGGACUUGAUACCAGUCUUGAUGUAGUUGCCCUCUCAGGUGCUCACACAUUCGGACGAGCUCAGUGUUUAGCUUUCGACCAAAGAUUGUAUAAUUUUAGCGGCGUGGGAGAUCAAGAUCCGGACCUAAACGAGACAUUGGCGGCGAGACUACGUGAGAUAUGCCCCACUGUGGGCUUAACGAAUCUGACAAACCUUGAUCAGACAACACCAGACGAUUUCGACAACGUUUACUUCAAUAACCUUCAAGUUGAAGAAGGUCUUCUUAGAAGCGAUCAAAUUCUAUUUAGUACCCAAGGGGCUGACACAGUCGAAAUCGUUAACCAAUUCAGCAGUAACCAAACCGCUUUCUUCGAAGCCUUCGCGGAAUCGAUGAUACGAAUGGGGAAUGUUAGGCCCCCAGCGGCUGUGGUUGGAGAGGUAAGACUCAACUGCAGGGUCAUCAAUGCAAAUAAUUCAAUCACUACUGCUUCAGCGGAUGCUCGGCUUGUCACCUCUAUUUAAACCAAUGUUCAAUCACUUACUACGUGUACUGCAUAAAAUAAGAAUAAACAGGGAUGGACUAGUAGUAAUUCCAAUCCAAAAAUAGUUUAGCAUCAGAACAGGUUAUAAAAGGCUCGAGCCUCCAGUUAAGUCAACACAGACCACUCUGCCAUUGAGUCAAUCUAGCAUAGGUUGUGUUUUUAGUGUUUCCUACUUCCCUCGGGUCUAAUCUAAUAGAGGACAUUUGAAUUUGGGAUGCUCAAUCAAAUCAAGCUUUGUGUUGCAAUGUAAGUUCAAUCAGGUUUUUGUCUUAAUUCAUAUAUCAUGAACUUAAUGGAUAA